CAUUCAUCGACAUCACUGCCAGGGUUUGAGGGAGGGGAGAAAAGUUAGCUGAACUUAGAAAGUUGGUGUAAGGGCUCAGGGGUGCCUGGCAGUGACUGCUGCCUUACAACACGAUGGAUGCAUUAAAGUCUGCAGGAAGGGCGAUCAUCAGGAGCCCUAGCCUAGCCAAGCAGUCAUGGGGAUCGGGCAAGCACAAGAGUAAGUCAGGGCGAGUAACAGAGCUGGAGAUUUAAAGGGAAGGCGGGGGGGAGGGAAUGAGUAAUACUUUGCCUUAUUGAACACAUUCCUGUAAUGUUUACUCUGCGUGUGCGUAUGGGUGCUAACUAGCCCUUUCUCUCUCGGUCUCCCUAGACCCCCCCGAACUGGAUUGGUUAACUGUUUGGUUGCUGUGGUAUAGAGUUAAAAUGUCUUGUGUGUUUUCUGGUAGCCACUGGGCUCAGUAAACGUGUAUUUAUUAUUCCCAUCAGGGAUCGAUGACCUGGUAUGUGCUACAGUUGUAAAUAAAACUCUCUCUAAAUUAAUUGCAGAUUGAUGACCAGUUUGUAAGAUGACCUCUUAGAAGGUUUCGUAAAAAGAGAAUGAACUGGCUUGUUUUAAUCCAAGUUGCCACACUCCGUAUAUAAACGCCCGUAUGUAAAAGUUGGUGUCGGUUUUAAUGUUGAAAAGCGCUUACUGGUUCUCUAGUACUUGUUGUACAUGAAACUGCAUCCUCUGAGAGCCGGAGGGAGAGGUUCUGGAAUGAUUUUUGGUAUGUGUAGAUCAAAUGACAAAGGCUAAACCUGUUGACAAAUGUUAGUUAAUAGAAACACUGCAUUUCUAUUGGUGGUCGCCUGAUUGGUUAAUUUGUUUUAAUGUUCACUGAGACUGUGUUUAAUGAUUUAAAUGGCUGUAAGCUAUGUAUAAAAUCAUGGCGUAAGUGUACUCCUAUAAAUCGAUGUGCCUAUUGUUUAAGAGAGGUAAACAAUGUAAAUGGAACACUGUUCUGUCUUCCUGUUUCAUUUGGUGUUACCUGAUGAGAUGCAUCAGUCGCUUAAAGUGAGUAAUUUAAUAAAACUUUCAGACUUUAGGGGUAACUGUAAACUUUGUUCCGAAAAGUGAGGGGUCUUUUCAGCCCCUACCUUGAUUGUUGGUGUUGCGUUUUAUAGUGAACUUGUCUUUUCAGAAGACUACAUCAUUUUGAAUGGCAGAAAGUGAAGUAGAACAUGGUGGUAGUGGACUGACUGUUAGGCUGUUAAAUCAUUGCAUAAAGUUGAAAGCAACUGGUAGGGGAAAAAUACAGAUCUAACAAACUCAGUGCCACUUUAACUAUUCCCCCAUGCUAUAAACUUUUUUUUUUUUUUUCUGCUAAUGACCAGACUUUGCUUCUGAGGGGGUCUCUCACCAAAUUAAUAAGUGGGUAAACCCAUAUUCUAAGGUCUUGGCUUGCUCCAUUAACAUGCACAGCCAUGUGUUGACUUUCUCUUAAGUCAGUGCAGAAUAUUUUCAAGUGUUAACUAUUCAAUGUAAUGGUGCAACAUUGCACUACUUAUUUUGAUAUGAGGCAUCUGAAGUUCCCAGCUGCAUGAUCCUUUUUGAGGAACAGGUCUCCACAUGAACCUUCAGAUUAAUAUGAGUUUUGUAAACAAUCUUUCCUGCAGGCUGACCUAUAACACUGCAUAAAAAGUUCAUAUGUAUCACUCAAUCAGGCUAAUUCAGAUAGACGUGUAUGUCUUGUUGAAGUGCACUAAAGGCUCCAUAAACAAUACAGCAAGUUGUUCUUUAGUCUAUCAAAGCAGGAUUGGAGACAGACCAAUGUCAAGAUGAAACCAUAGAUUUAAAUGUGUGGUUUUUUUUUUUUUUCUGUGUUAUGUAUAACCCAAACUGUGUUAUUUACAUUCAACGUCAAUGUGAAUUGUAAAUGUCUAGGAGAUAAUUUUGAAUUUACAAUCAAAACUAAAAUCUGCCUGAAUAGUGUUUAACUGUGCAACAUUUAAAUCUAUGCAGUACUUUAAAACCCCAAAUAAACCAUGUAAAUCCUACGUAGCAUUUGUAAUUAAGCUUUCUGGUAUAUAUAUAUAAAUUUAUGCAUUGGCACCAACUGCUACUGACUGACUCUACCCCAACAAUAGCUAAGAUUGUAAUUGGGGCACUGAUCUAAUUGUUCACGUAAUAACUCUUAAUGUUUCCCUGUGAAGAGUAAUUCUGAUAAGCGCCCAGUGCAAUUAUCAAACGCGUGGACGUCCAAAGCUGUUUCUGAUCCCAGUGAGUCUCUUCUUAUAACUGCUGAUUUUAAAUCCGAUUUCUGCAAAAUUGUACCAUGCUUUAAUGUAUGAAUAUCUACAUACAGGCUUUUUUUUUUAAAUUUAUUUUUUUAUUUUUUUAAUGCAUUGCAGCAUCCCACAGCUAUAUGUAUUAUGUGAGUAGAUUAAAGGGUCUUUGUUCUACUAGGUCUCAGCAGAAACUGAAUCUUUAUUUACCAUGAACAAUUGACAUUUGUUGUCUUCAUUGUGUUCAUUUAUUCAGGGAUGGUUUUUUGUGCACCUUGCUAUGUUUGUCCCAGUAUUGAAAGGGAGGCAUCUAUAAUUUGUGUCACAAUAAAAGGAUGAAAGGUAAAAGCGCACACAUAAAAAAAAAAAAAAAACAGAAUAUUGUUACCUGUAAUGUAUACAAUCGUGGUAACCAAAAGUAAAUAAUCCUGGUAUAUACUAAUAUGUAUUUACCUAUAAAUACAUAAUAAGACAACAAAACAUAGUGUAUUCUGUAUAAGAUAUAAUAGCAGUGAAUGUAGAAGAGCUGAAACCACUCACAAUUUUUUGAGCCGAUUUAAAAGUUGGCUCAGAACUUAUGCAGCAUAUAUGUCUCAUUCAUGGACAUAGAUGAAACUUUUCUUUCGGAUAAAUUCUCUGGACUCUCUGAAACCAGGGGUUUGGAGUAGACAAAGAUUCUUCCCUUGGAUGAAAUACUACGUCUCAUAAAAUUAGAUAGUCAGGAACCAAAAGAAAUAUAAAAGUAUUUAUUUCUUAGUAUAAAUAAGAUAAAAGCAGGCACAACAAGUUUCAACCACCAAAAUGUGGUCUUCCUCAGGUGCUGGUCAACAUAAAAGUGAACACAAACAGUUUAUAAAGGAUACAAUGAUAAAACAUAAUUGAUUACACCUGUGUUAAACAGUUUCCACCCCUUUCCUUAUUUGGUCAUAACCGUAUGUGCACUGCCACCUCCAAUAUGGCCGCAAUUCCGGUUUCCGGACAUAAUUAGGGUGCCAUCUUGGUAUCCCAUAAAAAGAUAUUCCACAUAACGAAAAAAGAAGAAAUAUACAUAAACAUCUUCCAUACAUGCUGUGCCUACUUAGCACAGGCAGCAAAGGCAAGAAAGUGGCCUGUUGAGGUCUGUGCUGUUCGGGAAAUGUAUAUAAAACCGCCGCAUACAGUUCUUCGUGUCACUUCUGGUCACGUGAUCUUUGAUCCGUCGUGUCACUUCCGGUUUCGCUGAAUCAUUGAAGAAAUGUCCCAAACUUCCACCCUUACUUGUAGUUGUCCAUAUAUCCCAGUCUCUCAUGAUCCAACAGAGGCAAAAGGUGCCAUUUUAGAGCACGGCACACAAAGUCCCAUAUCAUGUACAUAUAGAAAAAAGAGAGAAGAAAUUUAACAAUUAUGAUUACAUAAAAAUAUCAAUACCCAAUUGAAUGAACAACUAAAAGUGCAAGAAGGUGUGCAAUAAAGCGAAGUACCCAUAAUAACAUUCAAAAAAGAUACCUCACCAAGAGAAAAUCCCAAAGAGGAUACACAUUUAGAGACCAAUAUAUAUUUUUUAUAAUAAAGAAAUUAUAGUUAGAUAAAUCCUUGUAAAAACUUUAAAAAAUAAUGUAAAAAAUUAUCAUUAAUAUAACUAAAAUAUGUUAUAAUAUACGCCGACAUAUAUAAAACUUUUAUAUAUAUUUUUUUAAUUUAAAUUCCUUUAAAAGUCCCAUAUGGGGGGCGGAACUAGCUGCCAAGCAGACAAGUCGCAUGAAACCCGAGCUCCGACAUUACCACGGCAAAACGGCCAAAGAACCCUCAAAAACCACCUCCACAAACUGGGGAAAGGCUGAGGAAGAGUCGGCACACUAUGGGGAAACACUCACGGAAACCCCGAGUGUCAUCCGCGGGACAUACCCACGAUAUCGGGCAACUCUGGUCCCAGGCAUGCAGGCCCAAAAUGGCGGACGCCUUCCAAACCAUGGGGAUGGAGUCUCCCUCUGCCUCAGAGGAUGAUUACCUGAGCGACAUGCCGACACCCCAACGGAAGCAACAAACUGCACCACCAAGGCAGUCAGAACCACCACUAGCCACUAAGGCCGACCUAUCAGGCAUGGUAACUGGCCUUAAGGCCUUCUUCACAGCUGAACUAGCAGGCCUCAAGAUGGAGCUGAGCACACUUACAGGCCGCAUGCGAGCCACGGAAGAAGCAGUCCAGGACUUGAGAGCCCAGCAUGGCAAACGCAGGAGCUAGCAACCACAUGCUCACAACUAAGCGCCCGAAUGGGGCAGCUUGAAGAUAUGGCGAGACAGAGAAAUAUCAAGGUGAGGGGGAUCCCAGACACUGUGACAGCAGACGAACUGCCGCUCCUCAUAAAGAGGCUGCUACAGGCUGCCCUUCCCUCUAAACAGGCCAAAGGACUGACCCUGGACAGCUUAUUCCGCAUACCGGGGCGCCCACGCAAUGCCCCAGACUCCGCAAGGGAUGUCAUAAUGAGCUUCAAAUCCUGCUCAGAUAAAGACUGAUUCCUCCGUGCUCUCAGGGGCCAGACCCCGUAUGCUUUCGAGGACUUUGCCUUAUACUUUUACCAAGACUUGAGCCGCCAGACACUGCAGUGGUUUCUUUCAGGGAUGCACGCCACAACACGACUGAGGGCAGCAGACAUAUAAUACAAAUGGGGCUACCCCCAAACGCUAAUUGCCACACAAGAAAGGCAAAGCCACCGACUGACAACACCGGCGGAAGCACCACAAUUUUUACAAGCACUGGGCAUUCGCCCUAUGACAGGUGCAAAGACGAGAACGCCACACCGGUGGGAUGUCGCCAACAUAGCACCAUUAACCCCAUCGGGACAGGCAGCCCAAGAACGAAGCAGCACUGUGCACCCACCGGUUCUUAAUGUGGGGGAAAAAAACUAUCCAUCUCAAGGAACUAGUAAAGGCACCAGCUGGAUUUAUAUCACGCUGACUUAUGCAAUGUCCUCCCCCAUUUGUAAACAAUUUCAUGUAUAACUUGUAUGCCUGAUAUACAUUUCGAUGUAAUUUUCUUUUUGUACCUAAUGCCAUGUUAUAGGCUAGCCAUCUAGUCUGCAGACCGCGGCAGCUCAAAAAUACUUACCACUUAAUACACAGAGACCGCACGACACUCCGACCUCACAGACCCUUCAACCUGGCACAACCUACAGGGCACCCAGGUGACAUCUUAAGGCCAUAGACACAAGUGGCACAUACCUUCACUGCAAAACCCUCCCCCUUCCCCCCCAAUCCGGGGUUAAUGAGCCUUAAUAUAUGUAAGCCCCUAUAACGCCUCUAGCCGCCACACUGGAGAUCCAGAAACCCAGACCCAGGCUUAGCUCACCUAACUUGAAAAAUGCACACAAAGCCUCUCUACGCAUAUGUUUAGUUAUAGCACCUGAGCCUGGAAGCGCAUGUUACCUACAUGUUAGCCUCCUUUGCUCACUAAUCUAGCACCUGAUAUCACAGCAGACAUGCCUGUUUCAGCCGGUUAUUAACCUACCUUGAGAUUGUAAAUUAUGGCACUAAACUUAGGCGCUGUGGCUCUUGUGUAUAUAUACCUAACCUGUUACAGUUCAGCGCUUUCCGAACAAGAGGCAGUAUCACUCGCCUGCACACUAUCACACUCUUAACAAGCCAUCACAGUGUACUAUGCCUGACUUUAUCAUUUAAAAAAAAUACAGAAUUUUAAAAAAAAGUCCCAUAUAUGCAAAAAAAAUGUUUUAAUAAAAUAUUAAUCUCAAAAUCAAUAUUAAGACCUUUUCGGAGUUAAAGUGCACAAAUCAAAGAUCCAUUUGGAUUCUUUCAUGCUAAGAGUCUUGGCUGUAUCUCCCCCUCUCCAAUUUCUCUUUUCUCAAUUCCACAAAAGAUCAGAUAUUUAGAAUCUGAGUUGUGAUGGUCGUGGAAAUGUUUAGACACACUGUGGUUGGGAAAACUUCUAUUUAUAUUUCUCAAGUGUUCACUAAUUCUUAGUUGUCAGUCUUACCCACAUAUUGAAAACCACAAGUGCAUUCUAAAAGAUGGAUAACAUUGGAGGAAUGACAUGAAAUAAAAGAUUUAAUAGCUUUUUUUUUAUUUUAUUUUUUUCGUAUUUAUAGAGGAGAAAUUAUCAAUUUUCUUAUUGUACUGCAACAUGCAUUCCACAGUAAUAAAAGCCCUUCUGUUCUCGUGUCCAAUCAGUUUAAAAAAACUUGUAGUUAGGAUCUGUUUAAGAUUCUGAGCUCCCCUAAAAAUAAAGUUGGGUUUGGUACCUAUAAACUGGUGUAUAUCUUCUUCUUGUUGCAAGAUAUGCCAGUUUUUUAAUUAAUUUUCUUUACCGCUCCAAUAUUGCUAGAAAAGUAAAAAAUCAAAGGGAUCUGCUCCUUAUGGCGAUCACAAUUCUCUUUGUUCUUAUAUUGUAAAAGAAGAGACCUAUCUAUUUUAGCCACUUUAUUUAUAUUAUCUUGUAGGGCCUCUUCUUCAUAUCCCUUUUGAACUAAUUGGUUUUUAAGAACAGUAGCUUGAACAAAAUAGUCUUUUUGAUUGGUACAGUUUCUACGCAUCCUUAAAAAUUUGGCCCUUGGGUAUAUUGUCUAGCCAAGGCCGAUGGUGACAACUCUCCAAUUCAAUAAAACUAUUUACAUCGACUUGUUUAAAAAAAAAAAAUUUUGGUCAUUAAAACACUUUUUUUUUUUUAUUUUUUUUUUUAUAUAAAUAAAAAUAGUAAGAUCUAAAAAAUCUACACUAUCUCUACUAAAACUUUUGGUCAGAGAUGCUCCAGUUAUUGGAAUUUUUUUCCUUUAGCGCCACCUAUAACACUUAUAUCAUCUAUAAUUUGUGUGAACACUUCUCUCAGCUAAUGAGGCAGGGCUAUUUGUUACCCCUUUCACAGGUCUCAGAAGCACUUAAAGUGGAACUGUCACAUUUAGAAAAGUGACAGUUCUUUGUUCCCUCAACACUGUAGUAAAGCUCUUGCAGCAUUUACUGGGAUUAAGUAAAGCAGCAGAGGAAAUUUAUUUUAUUUAAAUUUUAUUUUGCAAACAAAUUUGGGGGGUUUGAAAUUCUUGUGAUGCGUUGUCAUCAAGGAAGAAAUUCCAUAUGAGCGAGCUCAGUGCUGUGUGCACUGUGGGUUAACAAACUUGCAUACUUUGCAGUGUUCAUGGCAUAUAACAGUGGUGGCGAACCUGUGGCACACCGGGCCCUCUGGGCACGCGGCUAUAGGUCGCCUGAGGAGGGAGCCGCUGGCUUUCAGCAUCAAUGCAGAGUAGGCGCCUGCCCAAAACGGCAGGCAUCUACUCUGCUUCUGUGGCUGAAGGGCAGGGGGAGGGAUCGAGGAAGCCGCUCUCCUGUCCUCCUGCGAGCAAUCUGUGUGGCAUGUUGCUGUGCAUUACCAUGGCAACACUCCACAUCGCGUGGGAGGACAGGAGAGCUGCUUCCUACACAUACAGUACUUACCACCACCGGACCACCAGGGAUGGCUGUCUCCCGCCCUCCUUCACCAAAGGUAAGAAGAAGGGAGGGGGAAACAGAUUUUUUGUUUAUAUUUAUAUUAUAUGUGUUGUCCCCUCCCACACACAGCACCCCUGUUGCCCUGUUGCUGGAACCAGAGUCUCUUCUCUUGUGGCAGAACAGUAGAUAUAGAAGGUAGUGGUAGGCUUCUCAAACUCUGGGAAAUAUAGGGGGGAGAUGACACAGAUAUAGUGUAGUAUGUUAAAUAGUAUGUUAAAUUGCUGAUAGUGGUAAAUAGAAAAAUUUGCACUUAUAAAUUUCUGGCGCUUAUAUUCAGCUCCAGAUAUGCUCCUGGACGGUACAGUCCCAGUCUAUGGAUAUCAUGAUGGUCCUGGUACGCUCUCAGAGGCGUCUUCAGGGUAAGGGUGUUCUUGUGACAAAACAGGUAUCCUCUGUGUAUAGGAGGAGAAAUAAAAACACAAUUUAGUGCUCUGUAUGGUCUGGGAUAAAAGAGGUAUACUCACAAACUGGGAGCAAAAGGAAUAAUGCUCAGUAUAGGAAGCGUAGGUGGAAUAAUCCCCACCAAGGAUAUCACUUGCGAGUCCUCCAGUUCUUUAUGAUAAAAUCAUGAUGUUUAAAAGGAUAGGCUGGGAGGCUCCAAAAUAGCUUUAAUUCGCUAUAUUUAUUGGAAACAAAAUAAAAAACAAUAUAGCAAAAGGCUGUAUAAAACGCAUUUCACCUGUUAGCAAGGUUUUUUUCAAAGUGUUACAGCGCGCAGGUCCUAUCCUGUUUAAGUAGCAUUGCAAUUACUGACAUCAUUCUAAUUAGUGACAUCAUAGAUCAUGUGACCAAACAUUCAGGUAAAAUUUUAUAGAAAUUAAAAUAAAAACAUGAGAUUAAAUACGUACUUAGAAUCGUAAUAUAACAAUAAAAUAGACCUUUUUUAUUUGUAAAAUAAAAGUUAAAAAGAAUGGGAUAGCUUUAAGAGGGGACACAAAGAUAGCCGCCACUGGGGGGCGGAGCCUGGCCGAGAGGAAGCAAAUCUCCUCAGCUCUCUAAACCUGAAACGUAUAGAGUGGAUUUCACUGACCAAAAGAUGUCUUACCGACACAAAAAGGUCGUCAACAGAAAGGUGACAGCCAGAGGCACAAGUGGAUACCAUCCGUGACACACAGCGAGUAAUAUUUCCCUGAGCUGAGGAUGAGGCUUAACAACAUGGCGGACGGCAUAAACCCCAGCACAAAGACAAAGCCCCAGGGACUGGGCAUCUGCCUUUCAGGCAAAGUUUGAAGUCUGCGAGCGCUUCUGGGCAAAGUUGGAGGCUAGGCACCGGCCUCAACAGCCACCAAUGACCAGCACCAACCAGAUAAAGCUAACUGGCGCCAGACCAAGACUCUGUUUGGAGAAGGCCCAACGGGCAAAGCACUCCACAACGCACAACAGAGUGCCGGCUGAAACACAGAGCUGCAGCCCUGCAUGGCCACAAACUAACCCGCAAGCGUCAGCCACACACGCUCAAGAACACAGAGAGCAAAUGGAGAACCAAGCGGGCAAGAUACGGCACCCACUGCGCCUCGGGAGAGGCCUGGGACCCCACUAAGACUCAGGCAUUUAGAAACGGAGCACCGGCUCACCAGCAACCCCAGAGAUGGAAGGGCUCCACAGCACCAUGCAGCAACUAAAUGCACACCCAGAUGUACUCACCCACUCCACCCGUCAGCAACCGGGUGCAGAAGCCUGCACUCUUCAGCUCCACCACAGACCUGGACCCUGCCAACACACCAGCACCUUUAACCGGCAUUCGUGCGCAGAAACCCGACCAACCUCGCCAGAAGAAAGAAGCUUGGUACACCCAAGACAGGCAACAGAGGCAUGGGUUUCCAGGCAGCACUCCCGCUCCAGCCAGAGUCUCUAAUGGGCCACAGAAUGGACUAUCUGCUUCAGCACAUAAGUGGCAUCGGGUAAAGAUCCGCGGCUAUGGGGACUCUUUGUACUGCAGCUGAGCACAAUACAUUCAGCUGGCACUUAAUGUUUUGUCCAUAUCGCUCUGCUACUCCCUACCCCGACCUCACUCCAGCAGUUUUAUAAUACAUGCAUUACCAGUAUGUACUGAAUUCACUGAUUUCGAUGCCCAGCCUGUGUCACUCACUCAUGGAAAAAAAUAAAAUAAAAAUAGGGCAAUAUCACCAUAGGAUAUUUCCCUGCCUGCACCUAAGCUUCUAAACCUACUAAGAAACAAUUGUUCCCCUUUAAUUUGCUUAGCAGGCACUAUAAGCGCUGACCUAACUCAACCAGCCCAUGUAAAACUGUCAAGUUCUUAGAAUGGCCUGUUUAGCAUAAACCUAAUCUUAAUGCUCAGUGAAAGCAUAUGUACCAGAAUAGGCAUGCUAUGCUAUACUUAAAUCGAGUUUAAUGUAACCUAAAAUGCACGUAUUCUUGUUUAACACUACCUUUUAAAAAUUGUGCUGAUUUUCUAAUGCUACACAUUUGUUUUACCAUGUUGAAAUACCUGUGCCUGUUUCUGCUGUUGUGGCAUGGCAGACAUUGUAAUCAUCUGCACAAUAAAAAUAAAGAAUUGAAGAAAUGAAGAGCUGCCACCAGCUAAGCGUAAAUAGUAGAAUGAAGGCAUGAAUAGUUGUGAUAUAGCAGCCUGGGAAUGACUAAAAAGGGUAAGGGAAGCAGACCCUAGUAAAAACAAGCGUUAUAUGCUAAAAUAUAGUGAGAAUAUGACAGCUGCCAUUUUGGAUAUUCUUGCACUAUAUAUUUUAGCAUAUAGAAGGCUUUUUAAAAAGUGUCUGUUUUAUUACAGACCAUACAGAGAGCACUAUAUUGUGUGUGGGUUUUUUUUUUUUUUCUCCUAUACAGAGGAUACUGGUUUUGGCACUUUGACACAAGAACACACUUACCCGGAAGACUCAUCUGAGAGUGUACCUGGACUAUCAUCAUAUCCAUAGACCGGCAUUGCACCAUCCGGGCGCUGAAUAGAAGCUCCAGAAAACUUAGUGCAAAUUUUUCUCUAUUUACCGCUAUCGGCAAUUUAACAUACUACACUAUAUAGCAGUGUCCUCUCCUGUCUCCUAUAUUUCUCAGUUUGAGAAGACUACCACAGGUGCUGCUUCCUGACACUACAUUUUAGUACCCAUAGUUUGUUUGGGUUUUUGUGUUCUUCGUGUGUAAGUGGAGCAGUAAGUCUGCUCAAACUCUGUAAGCUCCCAUGAACUACUUGCUGUGUUGAAUUUGAAUAUGCAGGAUAACAAAUUAAAUUCAAUCUUUAUUUAGGCAGGUUAAGAUGUAGCGGAUGAGAUUCAGCUUCCUGAUGAAGGCACUAAUCUGUUUUCUGGUGCAUGUAGUUCCAGGAGGCGGGGCUUGGCCUUCUUGCAUAUGUUGGGUUGCAAUUUUAUUUUACAAACAAAAUAGAUUAAAAUGUGCUAUAAAAUUGCUUUUAAUCCAGUCCCUGUGCUAGUUUACACACCUGAGUGGUCACCAGUGCCCUCUCAUGGACCAAUCAAAUGCUUCUGUUAGAGAAACACUUGGUUGGAUGGUUUUCCUGGUUCCUUGUAAAGAAAAGAUGCGGGCGGGGAGGGGCUGAAGUAGGUUGAUGGCUACAAUUUGGGAAAAGGGCUGUGAGGGGGAGGUGGGGGCUGGGGAAUAGGAACAUGAGCUGAAAACAGUGUAUUCCUCCCUUCCUCCCGGAGACCUACGUUGGGACAUGAUCUGCAGUCAGUGAAGUUGGCAGGCCUCUCCUGACGAUAUCAGGAUGAGGGGGCAUGACUUCCUUUACUCCCUGACUCCCCAGCGGUCCUAGAAGAGCAGAGGAAGUCACGCGCUGCCCUCCUGACAGGAGAGGACGGCCAACUCCACUGGCUGCAGGGAGAUUAAGGUUAGUUCAAAAAUCAAAGUCCCCAGCCAGAGGCAGAGAAUUUGUAUUUUUGUGACUUAAGGCGGCAGCUUGUGCCACCUUAUGGAUGGUCCGGCCCUGACUGCAGAUAAGGUUCUAAUAUAGUGAAACAAAAGAAGGGAUAGCCACAGGCAUGCACACUGUAAUGCUUGCAAUGAAGAAACUGGUGACAGAUAUCCUGCUGGUGGAGUUUUUUUUAAAGCAGAAGUUUUUUUGGAGGUUGCAGUACUUGGCCUUUGCCCCUAGGAUUGUAGCUCAGGUCCUUCUGAUGUUCUAUAUUUUUAAACCAUCACAGUGUGAGUAGAUCCUUGUUGCAGUGCCUACUGUCAGGUCUGCAGCCAGAGUUUUUCAUUAGUGGAAGUUAAAGGGACCAUAUAGGCACUCGGACCACUUCAGCUCAUUGAAGUGGUCUGGGUACAGUAUCCCUGUUUACAUAGCCGCUCUAAGUCUGCCUCCAGUGGCUGUCUGCCAGACAGCCACUUGAGGCGCUUCCUGAUUCCAUACGGACCUUUGGUCCGGUAUCUGACACUGGACGGCCUCACGCUCUGCAUGAGGACAUCCAGUGUGAGGUUUUUCGCUAUAGAAAAGCAUUGAUUCAAUGCUUUCUAUGGGGAGAUCUAAUGCGCUGUCCCUUGGUGCUGAGAUCAGGUUAGUAAAGGUGUUUGAAUAUUUUAUUUUUAACCCAUUAUUGACCACGGGGUGGGGGAAUGCGUGGGGAGGCUGUGGGAGCUAUAGUGUCAGGAAUACAGCUUUGUGUUUGUUUGCAUGAAAAUCAUGUUUUUCUUGAAGGAUGCAGACUUCUUCCUGUACCACUGCUUGAAGAAGGUGUCUUCCAGGAACUGGCAGUAGGACUGGGAGUUGAGCUUGACUCCAUCCUCAACCCGAAAAGGCCCCACAAGCUCAUCUUUGAUGAUACCAGCCCAAACCAGUACUCCACCUCCACCUUGCUGGCGUCUGAGUCGGACUGGAGCUCUCUGCCCUUUACCAAUCCAGCCACGGGCCCAUCCAUCUGGCCCAUCAAGACUCACUCUCAUUUCAUCAGUCCAUAAAACCUUAGAAAAAUCAGUCUUGAGAUAUUUCUUGGCCCAGUCUUGACGUUUCAGCUUGUGUGUCUUGUUCAGUGGUGGUCGUCUUUCAGCCUUUCUUACCUUGGCCAUGUCUCUGAGUAUUGCACACCUUGUGCUUUUGGGCACUCCAGUGAUGUUGCAGCUCUGAAAUAUGGCCAAACUGGUGGCAAGUGGCAUCGUGGCAGCUGCACGCUUGACUUUUCUCAGUUCAUGGGCAGUUAUUUUGCGCCUUGGUUUUUCCACACGCUUCUUGCGACCCUGUUGACUAUUUUGAAUGAAACGCUUGAUUGUUCGAUGAUCACGCUUCAGAAGCUUUGCAAUUUUAAGAGUGCUGCAUCCCUCUGCAAGAUAUCUCACUAUUUUUGACUUUUCUGAGCCUGUCAAGUCCUUCUUUUGACCCAUUUUGCCAAAGGAAAGGAAGUUGCCUAAUAAUUAUGCACACCUGAUAUAGGGUGUUGAUGUCAUUAGACCACACCUCUUCUCAUUACAGAGAUGCACAUCACCUAAUAUGCUUAAUUGGUAGUAGGCUUUCGAGCCUAUACAGCUUGGAGUAAGACAACAUGCAUAAAGAGGAUGAUGUGGUCAAAAUACUCAUUUGCCUAAUAAUUCUGCACUCCCUGUAGUGUGAUAAAACCAGCAUUUAGAUGGUUGAAUUGCAUAUUGCACGUGUGUGUGUGUGUGUGUGGAAGUUCCAAUUACUGCUGAAUAUUAACAAAGUAUGUCUUGACACUUUUUAAUGGUGUCACUGACUCCUUAAAAUUUUGUGUGUGUGUACCCUUGUGUGCAUUUGGUGUAGCACACUUUAGUGGCAUUUUUAUGCACAAGCACUUCCGCGAAAAAAGAAAUUUGUGAUACACUUAAGUCUUUGAAGUGCUACGCAAUCUUUAAGUUGAUAGACUAGAUAUAGAAUGCAAAGUCACACACUUAGACUGGAAGAAAGGAGAUUAAGUCUAAGGCAAAGGAAGGGGGUUUUCUACUGUAAGAAGAAUAAGGAUGUAAAAAUUCUCUACUUGAAUAGGUGGUUUUAUCAGUCUAUACAGAGUUUUAAACAGCAACUGGAUGAAUUCUAGCAAAAGUGUAAUAUUCAGGGAUAUAAUUUUAAUGUGGGGUAAUGGCUUCUUGAUUUAAAGUGUGUGUGUGUGUGUGUGUGUGUGUGUGGCCUAUAUAACUCCUGUCACCUUAACAGCUUGAGCAUAUUGACGUUAUGGGGGCAGGUGUGUCCAGUAUGGAUUUACAACGGUUGUAUAUGGCAUACACUCCACUAGAUGGCAGUACUAUUGUCCAGACUCUAGGCUGUUCCUACACUGCUGCUAUGGGCACUAAAUGUCCUAGAGCUGUAUAGUACACAAUGGGCAACUUACUGAAGCUACUCAAAACUGGCUUGUUCUCUGAACUACCAACAUUUCUCUUCUCCUCCCUGCCCCCUCUCCCACCCCAAAUUCCCCCAACGCUCAUUUUGUCACCACCCUAAAUGAAUACUUUUGCAGAAUGUGACAGAAAGCAUUGUGAAAUGCUGAGGUAAAUGGUAGGAAACUGAACUUUUCUACAGGGUAGGAUUGGGUUUGCUGUGUGAGAUGACUGUAGUGAGAGGCCAUGAGCGAAAAAUGCUUGCACUGUUUCUUCAGCUCUCAAAUUCUUUCAUCUAGUGGCAAAGGAAAACAAUACACCUACUCAUGCCUGCCUCUCAACUGACUGUUCAGUGAGCUAUUGCCUGUCUGAUAAUAAAUAUCUUGCAAAUUAGUCUACAGGCACACUUUGCCAAUAUAAACUUUUACUGUAUGGUAGUGGAAUUUACAAAUUAAAACGUGUCUUUUAUUUGGAGUACUGACAAUGUUAAUAUGCAUCUUUAAUAGGUUGGAGUUCUGUUACUUAAUAAAACCUAUUCUUUGAAACUUAAUUUUGUUAGAACUACCAGAAAAUUGGACCGAUACCAGAGAAACCUUGUUAGAAGGAAUGCUAUUUCAUCUCAAAUAUCUGGGCAUGACUCUAGUUGAACAACCCAAAGGAGAAGAAUUAUGUGCAGCUGCAGUAAAAAGGAUAGUUGCAACAGUAAGUUUGUGUGUACAUUUCUGUAAAACCUUAGAGAGGGGGUGGUUUAUUUUUUUUUUUUUUUUUUCUCCCCUCUACAUUAAGGACAUUGACAGAUGUGUGAUAUAUAUUCAAAGCUCUGGCACUCACCAUAAAAAAAAUUUAAAAAAAAUUCCCCGGUGUCUCCAGCGCAUAUAUAAGUAAGAAAUAAAUGGAGCACUCCUCAGGGAUUUUAUUUAUUUUUCUUCGCGGUGUUUGUUUCUUGCACAACUUUAUCUGUAUUCAACCAGAAGUGUCAGACUUUAUCUGCAGCCAUCUAAACGGAGUAGCAUUGUUAUAUGAACUCUAGCCUGCUGACACUGUCAAAAUAGAAAUGCAAUGUUGUCUACACGUUGACUGUCCACAGUGGAGAAGCUGUAGAUGCAAAAUGUUGGAGACUUCAUUUAAAUGAACUAAUUGCCCAAAUCACUGUCUUUUCGAUUUAAACUAAAUGCUUGAAGGUUUUCAUUUUGUGUUUAACCCCUUAAGGACCAAACUUCUGUAAUAAAAGGGAAUCAUGACAUGUGUCGUUAAGGGACACUCCAGGCACCCAGACCACUUCUGCCCAUUGGAGUGGUCCGGGUGCCAACUCCCACUACCCUUAACCCUGCAAGUGUAAUUAUUGAAGUUUUUCAUAAACUGCAAUAAUUACCUUGCAGGGUUAACUCCACCCAAAACAUUUCAGCAAGUUGUAAUGAUUCAGUGGUCCAUAGUGUCCCUUUUAAAAGACGAAAUAUUGAUGGACGGUCAAAUGCAUUCUUUUGGCAUUGAUGUCUGAGAUACGUGGCCUUUUGUGUCUAAAUUUAUUCAUUUUUUUUUUUUUUUUAAACUCUUUCAAAGGCUAAAGCCAGUGGGAAGAAACUACAGAAAGUUAUCCUUAAAGUGUCUCCUCGAGGAAUUAUUUUGUAUGACAGUGGAACAAACAGUUUAAUAGAAAAUGUUUCCAUUUACAGGUAAGUCAUAUAAAAUAUCCUUGUCACAAACAUGGGCUAUAGGCUCGAGACAGUGGGGAGUGUGGAAGUGAAAGGGUUAAUGACACCAGAUCCCUGGUUAGUCCCAGCAACCUCUAAAUUAACCCCUGCAAUGCCUCCUACACAAACAACCUGGUACACCAUUUACUGCCACCACUAAGACUUUAUAUCCGGGCAUCUUAGGUUACCCCAUACACAGUAGAAUUAUAAUAUUAAAACAUUACUUUACUGAUCAGACAUAUAUAAUUAACCCUUUUGUAACAUGCUUUCCUCAGGAGAGUGAGCUCCUAGAGAACAAACACGAGCUGAUGUAAGUAAACAUUUAAUGACAAAGAUUCACAGUGCUGUAUACAGAAAUAUGACAUACCGAAACAGCUAACAAGUUGCAAAACAGUCCAAAAAUAGGAGAAAACAAAAGAAAUCCUUGCAUAUAUGUACACUUUUUGUGUGUCCAAAAGAACUCCCAUUGUAUAAUCUGACUUACUGGUUGUUUAAGUGGCCAGACCCCUGGAUGGAUCUGGCAAUUGAUUGUCCACUCUCAGACCUGUGAUGGGCACAAGUGUGAAACACCAUAGGCUUCUCAAAAUGUGCCACUUACAGAAUACCUCCUAGAAUUGUUCUCAUCCUAUUCCUCCAAUUCUUGUGGUUUUAGAGAUCACACAUGCAAACUUUAAUUCCUUGGAAAGUCCAUAAUGGUUUCCCAUGACCAGCACACCUUCCGCUGGGCAUGUUUGGUACUAAACAAAUGGAUAUAACCUGGGCGAGCUGAAUAUAUAUUCAUAUUGGGCGAUCUCAUAAUAUACAUGUUCUCCAUAUUUCCUUACAUGAUGUCGUCUGAAUAACCCAUAGUCAGAGGCUUCUCUUCAGUUAUCUGUUGGCCCCUGACGAAGGUGCAUCUUUCUGCACCGAAACGUACGUUGGGCGUUUUUUCUGCACUGGUGUUUGGAGCACCAUGAUCACCAUCUAAUUUAACUUUAUUUUAUAUCGUUUUCUUCUUUUCUUUCCUAUGCCUAUCUAGCUAGCUUUACAGGGAGAGAGGCUUUAUUAAUGCUAAUUAUCAGUCUGUUUUGACUGAUUUUUUUACUUCUAUUUUCAGUCCUUAUCUCUCUCUGUUUUUCUUAAUAUGUUUCUAGUGUGACCAGGAUACUUCCUAGGAUGCAUGGAUUAUAGAGAUUUAGCUACUGUAUACUCCUAUCCCUAUAGCAGAUCACAAUAAAGCUUAAUUAUAAGGGGGAGUGAGGUUAUCUUUUUUACUACCUCUUGAUCUAUACUACCCUGGGCUGGCAUAGGAUUGUAGGUUCACUUGUAUAUACUUUGUUUAAUUAGGGUCUCUGACCAUAUUAUUUCUAAUAGCCAGGUUCUAUAUUUGGAACAUCGCGCUAUACAUAGAUAUAUUUUUUUCCAGUCAAUGCAGUAAGUUUCAUUCAUAUAAUUGAGACUGUCUGCAUAUUUCUUUGUUUUUGUGUUUAUAUUUGGGGUUAAGCCCCUCUGAGACAGCUGGAGUCUCAUACUGGUACGUUGGUCUCUGCGUGACCCCUGCAGCCACUGCCCCCCUUUUGGGGAGGUUUUGAGGUGGUGGGUGCGGCGGCUAUACAGGGACUUGGAACGUUGUGUUCCUUGCUCUCCUAGCUUGCCACAAGCUCCUGGAGGAGCCUACUUGCCAGACUAUGGGCCCUGCAGUGAAACCUGUAAAAACUACCAAACUUGACCAACUGUUGGCACUGAUUUCCCUAGAACUGUUCUGGGCAAGAGGCCAUGCUUGUGGUCGGUCAAAACUAGGACCCCAGGAAAUUCCAGAACCAAUCUGGGUGAUUUUUGGAUAUGUUGUUCACCCAGAUUGGGGCUGUCAGGGGAUAUGUUGGUUUGUCUGGUACUUUCUGAACUUUGUGACAAUGGUUAUAUAAUUUAUUUUAUUUUUUUUGGCCUGGAGAUUGAGUUACUUACAGGACUUUACUCCAUUAUCUCCUAAGCAGAGUGGAGGGAUUGUGUGCUGUACAUGGGCAUGUCAGACUGUUUGUUCUGAUUGGUUUAUGUCCUUUGUGUUCCUGGGGGGAGGAGGCGAAAGACGUAGGCUCCGUGAGUUGGCCAUGUUUGUAGGAAUGCAUCCCUACUGCACUGUCUGGUAACCAACUGUAGAAUAGUGAUGGUUGGUGCAGGAUGCAAAGAGGUCUAUCCCCACAGGUCCCCAGAGACUGUCUAGGUUUGCAAAUAGUUGGGAUCUAGUUGCCAAAUGCUGCUUUCCAGUGGCACAAUAAGAAACCUGUUAAGUUGGUGUUCCCCGAGAGGUGUUCUGCCAUCAACAUGUUACGAGGGAGGCAAUAAUCGAAUAUCUCCUUCGUAAGCUCUGUCGACGUUUGAGAACGUGUGCCUCCUAGAUGGUUGAUAUAGUGGACUGCAGAGACACUGUUCAUGCAGAGUAGAAUACAGCAGUUCGAUCUUCCCUGUGCCAGGCUGUGUAUGCGAAGGGCCCCUGCCAGCAACUCUACCUCAAUUUGCAUAAGGGGUCUUGUGUCCUCCCCAAUCACCCAUGGAUGUUCCUCAAUCUGUGGUUCCCCAGCCCAAUCGGCUAGCGUCCGACUCGGCACAAAAUCCGGGUGAGUGCCAAAUAUGGCUCGACCGUUCCAAGCCACCAUGAGAGUUCUUGGUUCACUUCCUCUGUAACUGGAACCGCUUGGUCAUACGUAGGAUUCUUCCUGAAGUAGCGUGCUUUCAACCGUUGCAUGGCUUAAUAAUGCAAUGGACCCAGGAAAAUCUCUUGAAUCGAGGAUGAUAGAAGUCCCACGACACAUGCAAGAAGUUGGAGGGGAAAGAGUGUCCUGACAUAUCUUGCAAAUCUCCAUUGGCUGAUAUUUUAAGAGUGUAGUUGUAGUGUACAGGAUUGAACAUCUAUUUUGACUCCUAGGAAUUGGAUACACUGAGAGGGGGUCAGAAUUAUUAUUAUUUUUUUUUUUUUGGACCAUGAAGCCUAGUGAUUCCACUAGUUCCACUGUUUGUUUUCUGUGAUAGCAGUUGUGUAUGGACUUGACCCAGGAGCAGAAUGUUGUCUAAGUAAAUUAUACAUCGAAUUCUCCAUUGACUAAGGUGGGCCACCACUGGUUUCAGAAUUUUUGUAACGCGCCAUGCACUCCAACAGGAGUCAGGUGAACUGCCAUGGAUCUCCGUUUCACAAAAGUGAUGCAUUAUCUUGCACUUAUCCACAUUAAAUGUCAGUUGUCACAACUCUGACCAUUUUUCUAGAUUACCUAAAUCAUUUGCCAUGUGGCUUAUCCCUCCUGGAACAUCAACCCUGUUACAUAUCUUAGUGUCAUCAGCAAAAAGGCAUACCUUACCAUCAAGACCUUCUGCAACAUCACUAAUAAAAUUAAAGAGAAUGGGUUCAAGUACAGAUCCCUGAGGUACCCCACUGGGGGCAAGCCCAUGCCUCAAAUAUACUCCACUGACUACAACACUCAGCCACUGCCUUACCCAUUCAACAAUAUUUGAAUCCAAACUCAAAGAUUGCAGUUUAUUGAUCAGCAUUCUAUGUGCAACAGUGUCAAAAGCCUUUCUGAAAUCUAGGUAAACAAUGUCUACUGCACCACCCUGAUGUAUUAUUUUAGUCACCCAAUCAAAAUAAAUCAAGAUUAAUUUGGCAUGAUCUCCCUGAAGUGAACCCAUAUAAUUUUUAGAUGUUCAGCAAUCCUAUCCUUUUAACAUGGUUUCCAUUACUUUACCCACUACUGAAGUAAGGCUUACUGGCCUAUAGUUGCCCGACUCCUCCCUAUUACCUUUCUUGUGAAUGGGGACAACACUUGCUAACUUCCAGUCUUCUGGGACUACUCCUAUUAACUGAGAGGUAAUCGUCCUUGAGGCCUAGGUGGGUGGGGUGUCCAAUCCCUGGAGCGCAGAUGUGUAUAUUCCUCGGGUCAAACAUGCGUUGCCCUUUAGUGUUGCUGAAAAUUUCCUUCAGGUUGACCGGUGGUAACCGAAGUGUCUGGGCCUCACCCAGAAACAUUUCACUGACCUAGGGAUUGGAAUUCUACAACUUGUCUUCCGAGUUGGAAGCGUCGUCUUGCCAUUCCUCUAGAAUGGAGAGGGAUGGGGGUACAUCUUGUGGAAAAGUCAAAGGUGCUGGGUGAGAUCAAUGCUCGCGUCUGCAGGCUUUGCCUUUAGAGGGACCUGUCUUAGAUUCUUUGCACUUUCGGUGGCAUUUAGCCUGGUGGGAUUGGCCUUUGGAUGAAUCAUCCGAUUCUUCUGCUGCCUUGUUGGAUUGGGCGCGUUUCGUAGUUUGCUUAGAAGUGUCUAGGCGCAUGGGUAGGGCUUUAGCCAAGGCCUUUUACACAAACUCAGUCAAAGCAGUGUUAAUUAGGGCUUGCAAAUCGUUGGAGAGCUGGGUGUCUUCUAUGCUAUGUUCCAUUGUAUAAGAUAAUGUAUAACUAUGGGGCUCACCCAAGUAUAGCAGAAUAUAUCAACAAAAAUAGUGAGGCAAAUAAAGCGUACAGACUGCUAGGGGACACAGUGCCGUUAUUAAAGCCACGUCUGUCUCUCAAUAAGCAAAGUGUGUGACACUCUGGGGCUCACCCAGAUAAAGAGGGAGAUUGCAUGCAUGAACUAUGGGGCCUCACCACGAACCGGGAUUCUACCUAACUGGCCAUCCCACACCCUAAAGGUUAACGCCAACCUUAACAUUCAGUAUGCUGAAUGGGGCAGUUGGUACAACAAAUAUCCAAUAUUUCUCAGACUGCGUACGUGGUCUAACCCAAUCUGAAUAGGAAACGCAAGGGUUUAAGUCACGUUCAAUGUGCGAACAAAUAUACGAUUAAACAACCUCAGUGUAUAGUGUUCAGCGCCGCAAACAUGGCCAUGUACUGGAGCAUUCCCGGCAGUCGAUGGUAAAGUGUGUUGGGUGUAAUGGGCACAAUAAGGAGAGGGAGCCACCCAGUUGUGAAAAGUGCUGGAAUGGACUCCUAGGGUGUCCAGGACCCGUGAUAACCUCCCCAGUGCCACAAUGAAAUAACUUACGAAAGAAAAUCCACAAUAAAGGUGUAUAAAAGCAUGGAAUAAAGUAAUAAACCAAUUAAUAUAAAGUUACAAUAGUAACAUCAAAAGUAACGUGAUGGAGCAGCAAAGAAAGAGGAAGUAGCUUAGUGGGAGGAGCUUAUUAUACCUUAUCCUUGAAUCUUUUUUUUUUUUUGAGUUCACUGCUCACGACCAAUGCUGGAUUGUCAUGCCACUGUUUAUCAGGUUGUGUGAAUAUUUAGAUUUGGUGAAACCCUUGGGGUGAGAUGCAUAAUCAUGUUUCUCUGAGGUCCCAUCCCACUGAGCCACUACUGCAUUGAUCUGCUUUAAUUUUGGAAUUUAAAAAUAAAAAUGUAUAGUAUCCCACUGAACAGGGCUUGAACAUUGUGUACUAAUCUAGCCAGAUCUUUCUGGAUACUCGGUGGUUUGUAUUUGGAUGUUGAACUUUUUGAACCUGUGGUAUUAGGUGAGAUGGACUGUAUGACAAUAUAAAUGUCUUUAUUGUAGGAUAUCUUACUGUGCUGCUGACAAAAUUCAUGAUAAGGUCUUUGCUUACAUCGCUCAGAGCCAGCUGAAUGAAACAUUGGAAUGCCACGCGUUUCUAUGUACGAAGCGGAAAAUGGUAACGUUAAUCUGUUGUACUAAUCACUAUCUGUAACGCAAACAUUGGUGCCAAUCACUUGGGUGGUGAAAUAGUUUUGGUCUUAACUGGCUUCACAUUUUUGUGGGGUGCUAAAAAAUCUAAUCUGUACAUGUUCCAUAGUUCAUUUUGGUAUUUGUUAACAUACAGUUUGUUUAACACGGAUAUCUGUCUGCAUUUCCAUUAUUGGUUAUUAAUAAAUAUAAUUUGGCACCCUUUAUAAUAUCAAACGGGUUAACACUGUACAAUGAGACGUUGCUAGGGUAUUCCACACACUAUAUAAGAAUCUUUAAUGAUCCAGUGCUUAUGGUAUCCAUUUCUUCAUGAAAUGCCAACAUUAAAAGAAUAAUCAUUACGUAAACAUGCUGACGGUUUUCUUUUGAUGGGAAUUGUUACAUGCAGGAUUGAAAAUAACUGGAUAAUAAACUUUUCCUUACUUGCUAGUAAGUAAACGGUCUGCAGUAGCACAUUUUUUAAUAGUCUCCCAGAUUAGAUUUACAAGGUUAGGUGUAGGCUUCAUACGUAAUAAUGCCAAAGUUCUAAUCUUUCAAGGCUAGCCCAUCAAAAGACCAUAUGGUUCAGAAAACCUUAGUUUGAAUGUUUAGAGAUGCGCUGCUUAGUCAUAAUUGUAAUAGUAAAGUGUACAGUAGCAGACUCUUGUGUCAAUGGACGCUUUUCUAUAUGUUACUGUUGGAUAACAUUGCAUUCUAUGCUGUCAAACGAGCUCUAAAUCUUUAGACUACGGUUUCAAGUGAACUUAAUACAUGUGGUGCUUAAAAGUAUACUAUAGGCACCCGUGAAUAUCAAUAGUGAGCCCCAUGGAAAAAAAACCUGCCAGAUGUGACUUGUCCAUGAUCUAUUGACCUUUACAGGCCCGUGGAUUUCUCAGGUUUUGCCUGGCCCUUCUAGUUUAUAACGGAUUCUCAAUACUUUGUAUGUAUUAAAGUGAUUUAAAUUCAAAACGGCAGACUUUAACUGUGACGCUUCAGAACACCGUAGUAAAUGUUCCCCCACAGUUCCAUACAGGCAGUUUCUGAUUAGAAUAUAUUUCUAGACAAAAUUGACUGAUUUGUUUUUCUGGCCCCUCACCACCUAUAACUUCUUCAGUUCUUGCCAAAUUACCCAAACCUCAAGGGACACUACAUGACCAAUAUAAAAUAUCACUGUUUAGUAGACCACCAAUGAGAACCUUUUUUUUUUUUUUUUUUUUCAUUUUCAUUGGUGGAUAUAUCUAAAACAUUUGCAAAAGCUGCAGAUCUGGUCAGAAAUUUUUGCAAGGCUGCCCAGACCAUCUAUGGUUGUCCAAACUUCCCAGUGCAGCUUAUUCGAAAGUCUUUGACAGUAAAGUGCUUUCAGCAAUUACUGACACUGUAGGAUGGCUCCAUUGAGCUAAUCAAACCAGGAACAUGACUUGUCUGCAGGUUUCAAUAGAAAUUUUACACAUUGUAGAAGUGACUUUUUUUUUUUCUUUUUUUUUAUUUAUUUUUUUUCUCUCCAUGUUGGUGGAUGUCUGCAGGACACAAAUUCCUUAUAUCUCAUGGGAAUCUAACGUUGUCUUUCAAGUCGAAGUGUUGUGUAUUGUAUAACAUUCAGAGACUUACAAUAACAUGCUAUCCUGCAGGAAUUUGAAUCAAAGUGUUAUUCAACAGUAAUAUGACUUCUGAACAAGUCUCGGCAGUUCAUAUUCAGCCAAAAAUAGAACAUCUGCUUUAGUGCAGUAUGGGAAUAAAGCCAAAAAUAGAUUAUCACAUGACAGUGGGGGUAAGGGAGGCUAGUAAAAAAGGUCAAAAACCACUACAAAUAGUUGGCACUCUACCGCAGUGUAGUGUAAGGAUACUGUAACAGUUCACUGUAUUUUUCCCCUCUUCAUCAAUCCUCUCAGGAAGAGGUUUGUAUAUCCUGAUCUUGUAGGUCCUAUUCUACUGUAGUGCAGUGUUAAUGGAAAGGAAUAUAAUUGUGUAACAGGAGCAAUAAUAGUAACAUCGCCAUACUAGAAGCCAGUAUAAAGCCUCAAAUUAGAGUCUCCGCAGUGUGAGAGCUGCGUGUGCAGAAGCUCAAAAAUAGAGCAUCAUGUGUGUAAAGUAACUGGAGAGAGGAGGGCAGUGGGAAACCUCAGAGCUAGUUUAUAAAAGGUGUUAAAGCAUGAUCUUCCGUGUAGAUACAUUCAAUGAAUGGACUGCAGUGCAUGGCAAACGAAGCCCACACAAACUUUUUUUUUUUUUUUUUAUCUAUAUCAUUAACAUGGCAUCCAUCAGAAUUUUAAUCACUUAAAGGUACACUAGGCACCCAGACCACUUCAGCUCGAUGAAGUGGUCUGGGUGCCAGGUCGCCCAGGUUUUAACCCUUCAGCUAUAAACUUAGCAGUUUAAGAGAAACUGCUGUUUACAUUGCAGGGUUAAUCCAACCUCUAGUGGCUGUCUUCCUGACAGCCGCUAGAGUCGCUUCUGCGACGCUGCAUGCAAAAUUCGCAUCCACGUCCAUAGGAAAGCCUUGGGAAAUGCUUUCCUAUGGACUGUUUGUGCGUGGCUCUUGCCACGCAUUCCGCUCCACUCGGGAGCCGGCGGGGGAGGAGAGGUCACCAGUGCCGAGGGAGCCUGGCGCUGGAUAAAGUGGCUGAAGGGCUUUUAACACCUUCAGCGCCAAGGGAGAGGGAUCCUGAGGGUGGGGGGAGGUCCUAAGGAUGCUAUAGUGUCAGGAAAACAAGUUUAUUUUUCUGACACUAUAGUGAUCCUUUAAUACUUUCUUGCUCCACUCAAUCUGUAUAUCUGCAUCUUGUGUUGAAAAUGGGUCAUGUGGAACCUGGAAAUCCCUUCAGGUGAUGUUUUAUAUUUAUUUUUCUUAUGAGUAAUGGUGUCAAAAAUUACCAUAAGCCAUAAUUUCUAUCACUUGUGCACUAUUGUGGUGAAUUAAAAGGUGAUGUCCUGCCAGUACAAAUAUUAAUCAAAGUACUUAAAGGGACACUAUAGGCAUAAUUCGUUUUGGUGUAUAGAUGUCACUGCAGUCUCACAGCUCAAUACUCUGCCAUUUAUGAGUUAAGAUACUUAUUUGUCUAUGCAGGCCUAGCAAUACCUCACAGCCUGAAUGAAAAAGGUUUCAUAUUCAAUCAGAUGUGAACGUUAUCUAAAAGAUGUGUGGUUUAAAAAAAAAAAAAAAAACUUGCAGGGACAGGUUGUAGUUCUGGUGACUAUAAUGUACCUUUUUUUUAUUUAUUUUUUAUUUUUUAUUUAUUUUUUAUUUAUUUUUUAUUUAUUUUUUAUUUUUUUAUUUUUAACUGCUCCACUGCUAUGAGACUGCAGUGGCAUGAUCUACACCAAAAUAACUUCAAUAAGCUAAGGUUGUGUCUGUAGUGUCACUAAAGUUGGAGAGCUUUGGCUGGUUUGUUUUAAAAUAUACUCUUUGUAAUAGAAGUAGGCAAUUUUUUUUUUAUUUUUUUUUUUUUCUGAAUGCAUCUUGGGGAUGCUCAUAUGGGGUUUAUGAUCUAUAUCACUUACCCAAUUUAUUUUGUGUGGAAGUAUUGACUGUAUUUGGUGUAAUGGACAAAUGUACGGUUUCAGUUUUCUCUUCUCUCUGCCUCCUCAGGCGCAAGCGGUUACAUUGACUGUGGCUCAAGCCUUUAAAGUUGCUUUUGAAUUUUGGCAAGUAUCACGAGACAGUAAGUACACUUCAUGUGUGGUUUUGUUUUUUUAUCGCCACUUCCCCCUCAGCUAGUUAACUGUUUUGCACAUCUGUCAUAGGUACAGAAAACCAGUGCACAGGUAUAUAGCAAAAAGCCUACAUUUUAUUUAUUUUGCCAAGGACGGUUGGCUUUAUACUCUUCCUUCCUAAACUUUAUGGCAUGUAUAAAUGCCAAGACAGACAUUUUAAAAAAUAUAUAUUUUUUUUUUUUUUAUUUGUGCCACGUCUAAACUGAUUGACAGACAAAACUUGUUUAAUGUGAGCAGGGAGCUGGUCUGUUGGUAAUACAGCCAAUUUGAAUUGGUAAGCAGUGUCUCAACCUAUUUUUGGGCUCUUGGAAAUUAAGGACCAAUUGCUCAGUUGUUGUGGCACUGGCUUAUAUAACGAAUAUUAUAAUUUUAAUAUAGAAUUAAACAAGAAGUAACUAACUUUAAUUCUUGAUAUUCUGGUUGAAUGUGGAUAGGAAAUACACAAAGCAUUGUAAUAUUAAAAUGUCACUUUAAUAUAAUUAUAGUAACAAACGGCUGUAACAGCACAAUGUCAAUUUACCUUAAUUACAGCAAGUAACCGGUACACACAUGCUAGCUGUAAUAAUGGAUUACAGAAAAAUACAAAACCACAAUUGUAAUUUACAAAAGCCACAGCCCUUGGAGUCAGCUGAUGGUAGUCUACAUUCUACACAGUCCAAAAGAGUCUUACAUUUGGUUUUUAUUCCCAGUGGGAUGCUGUCUGGGAGGCAACUUCCCUAAAGUAGGCUGGCCUUUGAUGUCACUGCCAGAAGCACAUGGCUAAAGAAAAUAUAUAAUGAAAAUGACUUGAUUCCUAUAUACUGCCCCUAGUGGUGCCUAUGCCUGCCUUAGUUUUUAAAACUACAGCUUGAAUGUUUUGUCAUUCUAAAAGCAUUCCAAAGGUAUGCAAGGGAGUUGUAGUUCUACAUCUGGGAAAGGAAGUUUUUGGGCACCCCUGCUCUAAAGCAUUAACCUUGUUUUAUUUAUGGCAUAAAAUGAACACCUACCAGACUUUGUAAUUUUUAAGCUUGUCAUGUCUGUACACCACUUACCUUUUGAGUAUAUAUUUUUUUUUUUUUUAAUGAUGCUUAAAGUAGCUAGUUCUCAAUUUAUUUUUACUUUCCUAGGUAAAGAAAAGAGGGAGAAAGCUGGCUCAGAUGGUGAGGGUGCUAGUAGUUCUCAAUCAGAUGGUUCAUCAAGUAUUACCAGUCUUAAAGCAGGUGAGUUGUCUAGCAUGGUGUAACUUUGGUAUUUUGCAUACUAUAUAAGCUAUAAAAUUGUUCAUGUGACUUGUCUGCACGUAUAUAAAGAUCACUUUUUUUUUUUUUUUUUUUUUUUUUUUGGGGGGGGGGGGGGGUGGAGGAAGGAAUACAAUUUUACUGUUACUUUUUUUUUAAAAAGUGUUUUUUUUUUAAUAAAAAAAAAACCUUUCACAGCAAUACCGUUUAAAAACCUUUCGCUGACAUGCAUUUGUGUCUUAAAGACAUUUGGAUCUUCAUAUCUAGAAACUUUUUUUAUUUGGCUAGAAAGGGCACUAGUUUGUUUCCUGUGUUAUUGCUUUUCUUUACAAAUGAAAGCUUCAUGGUAUUUGACCUUUCUUUCAGCUACAGGUAACUUGCUUGAGAUGGAAGACCAAACCAAAGCGUUAGAAAUGUUAAACGCCAGCGACAAUCACUUUGACGAGCUAUUCAGACAAAAUGCUGGCACAGAGAACAAUAACAUAGUAUGGGUAUGCAUUUAACAUCUUCACUUACCCUAGUGUGUGUAUGUAUGUGUGUAUCUUUCAAGAUAAAUUUCAUCUGUUUCUUUAUUGAGCAAUUACAAAUUCACACAACGUUCACAUCAAAAGGGAACGUUGUGUGAAUUUGUAAUUGCUCAAUAAAGAAACAGAUGAAAUUUACCUUGAAAGACUCCUGAGUGCGCUCUACUGGUAUUGUAUACAAUGUUUGGCUGGAGACCGCACCAGAGCAUUAAAACACCGGGAGCAGCGAGUGCUGGGACGUGUAUGCAUAUACUUUGAAAUAUUUUUUUUUUUUUUCUGCACAUUUAAAAUCUGCCUAAUAUUAAUGCUGAUCUCUCCUCUCCCCCUAUAUUCUCUUAUCUAGGAAUUGGAUGAUGGACUGGAUGAAGCAUUUUCAAGGUAAAUUUUAGAAUCCAGUAGGCACAAAGAUUCUAUGUAUCGAAACACCAUGUCUGUUUGUGUUAGAACCCAAAACUUCUGUGUGUUUAUUUUUGCUUGAUAGGUACAGAAAACUUGCUUGGCCUCAAGCUACUGACCAGGCUUGCUGUAGCAAUACCUCUUUAAUGGUUACUCAACAUAAAAUAAAACCGUUUACAAAAUGUUCAUAGCAAAAUAUACUACUCAUGCAAACUCCAGGCUGAAGUGGUCAUAGUGCUUGGAGUAAACCUUUCUAUAAUUGGUCACACUCUUUCAAGAAUAAUUGUAAAGUUCAGUGACACUGCUUUGUUCCUAGCUAUGAAUAUGGACCAUAAACUCACCACUAAUAAAUGUAAACCCAAUAUUUGCACAUAAAGCAUUGCGCUCAUUCCCAAAUGGGUAUUGCAUAAUGUCUUUUCUUCACUGCAACGUGUGUGAUCACUGUCGUAUUGUAGCAUAUAGUGAUUACUAAAAAUGCAGAUGGUGUUUAUUCAGUUAACUACUGUUUUUUUACUUCUGUAGUAAUGUAAAAUAUCAACAGUAAAAGGCCUAUUCUAAGCACCAAAACAUUAGCUUAUUGAUGCAGUGUUGGUGUAUAGAUCAUGCCUCUGCAGUCUCACUACUCAAUUCCAUUUUGGCAUUAAAUGACCCUUAUUUCUGUUUGCUGCAGCUCCAAACACACCACCUCCAUUGGCUAUAACUGAAAUUAAACCUUUUCAUGCAGGCUGUCAAUCAGAUGGCAACUUGCUUCAGACUUUCUCUCCUCCUUUGUAAAUUAGACUUUAAUUACUCACAGGAGGCUCCUGCAAGGUUAAUAAACCGUGCAAUAAAAGAGGUUUAAACAUCAGAUUUUUACAGGAAGUUUUAGGAAGGCUGCAUGGAGGUGUGACUUGGCUCCUCAGUUGCAGAUAACUGAGCAGGGGCAUGAUCUCUACACCAAAACUUCAUUAACCUAAGGUUGUUUUGGUGACUAUAGUGUCCACUUAAGGGUUUGGUAAAUGGAAUGAAAACACUGAGUAUCUUGUUGCACAGAAGCAGGUGUUGCAUGUUCAAUUCAUGAUAUAGAUAUAUCUAUCGUUUCUUCACAUUUAAUCUUAAAACUAUUGGAAUAUCUAUUUUGGGGUGUGGUGGUUUUCAUUAAAUGUUUUUAUUUUUUCUUCUCUGAAUUGGACAAUUGUCUUCUUUGUAAACACAAGAUAUGUGGAAACAGAUAUGGUAAUCUAAUAAAUUCCAGAAACUGAUGUGUGUAUGUGUGUAUGUGUUACAUUACCCUGGGGUGCUCAGCUGGAAGCUGGGCAGAUGUGCUAAGCUGGUAGUGGGAGAGCUGUGAUCUCACUGCUUGCGUGCCGCAGAGUGAUGUUGGGAGCCAGAGUGAUGGCUCAAAUGUGGCUAGCCAUCCAGCUCUGGGGGGGGCGCACCUUAAAAAGAGGCUAGAAAGGCAUUUUAUUUUAUUUUUUUGCCGUCCAAGGUAAAUGCCUUCUUAGCCUUUCGGAAAAUAAAUCGCUGCACAAGAGCUUGGGUGCCAGAUAUUGCCUGCUUUUCAAACCGAGAGAGAGAUAUGAAAUAUAAUAUAAUUUUUUUAUAUAUAUAAUUUUUUUUUUUUUUUUAAUCCGAUCUUACAUGCUUAGGUACUAUGUAAAUGCCAAAUAAAAGUGACUUUACCCUUGAUCAAUUUUCAGACUUGCAGAGUCCAGAACCAACCCACAAGUUCUUGACAUCGGAUUAACUGCAAACGACCUUCAGGGUGAAGAAUGCUUAUCUCCUUCCACCUGGGACAAAGUGGAGUUAAGUCCUACAGAUGGAGAUGAACUGUUCAUGUUCUGACCUUUCAACUCUACCAAUAAAUGCAAUACUCCAGCAGAGGAUUUUGUUUAACAUGCAGAAUCACAAAAUGCACUUAUAACAGGACCGUAAAACCAAAGCCUUGGCACACAAAUAUAUAUAUUUUUUCUAUUUCUUUGUGGAAAAAAUGACCAAUGCAAGCACAUAUUGUAGUGAAUACAGCUUGUUCAUUUUUGUUCUAAAAUGCUUUAAAAGCAAGUGUUAAUAAUCUGCUUAAGGUGCCCUUUACAUUUUAGAGCACAAUCAAGAAUCUACAUCCUUUUAGCAGGAGUAUCUGUUACAAGUGGGGUUUUAUAACAGAAGUCCCACAAAACCGCUUUGAUUCCAUAACCUUUAAUACACGUCUUCAAGGUCUUAUUCUGAUGCACUUGUCUUCCCUGAAGACACAGUAAAGACAAAAUAUGUUGUAUUCGGUGUACAAAGAAUAAUUUCCAACUAGACAUUUGGCCCUACAAUGACUUGUGCAUUUAAUUGCAACAUUUUUGUUACUUGAAAACUAAACACCAUGUGUGCCAAAGUUUAGAAUAAAUACCUACUCUGCUAUAGUCACAGAUUGACUACUUUAGCUACAAUUUUGUAACUGGUUUUGAAAUGACCAGUCUUGCAGUACUUUAAGUGAACAAGCAGUUUGUUUUUUUUUUUUUUCUAAAUUUCCAGUUUUUCCUCAAACAUUUGUUUACAUUGUUUCAUCAGGUUUGUUGUGGUUUUUUUUUUUUCCACUUUUUAAAUUUUUUUUUUUAUUUCACUUUUUUUCAUUUUCUUUUUUUUUUCUUCAGUUCUUAAAACAUCACAGGGUAAUUCAAACUUUCUGUAACCCACACAAUUUAUGUAAAUUAUACAUUAAUGGAAUACAUGGCUAACUUUGAUAAUACUAUACAAACUGUUGGUUAGAUAAACAAUCUUUUUGAACACCAACAGACCAGAUCUUGGCUGGAGGUGGGGUUUUGUUUUUUUUUGUUUUUGUUUUUUUUUUAUCCAGUAAUUACAUAUAAAACAUGGAAUGAUUGUGCUUUAUGGUCUGUAUACUUCUGUGUCAUUGUAGUUAGAAUUUCAUAUUUAAAUAUGACCACAUAACAUUAUAUAAACUUGUUUUUAAUUGUUUCCUUUUUAAGCAUAUUCACUCAUUGGUCACUUAGGAUAUCCAAAUGUCAGUAAAAGGUAAUUAUUUUUAAUUUCUUUAUGUAGCACUUGAUCACUUGAAAUACUAUGACACAGAACUAUACUGAUCGUAUAGUACAGAGACUCUGGUUUAUGUAAUCACUCUAAAUUUGUUCUACCCCUCCCCUUUCUCUCACCUCCCUCCAGACAAACAAAACAUUUUGUGGCUGUCAAACACCUUAAGUAACACUAAAAUGUGUAGGUGAACAAUUUUUUUUUUUUUUUUUUUUUUAAUUAGAAUAUACUUUCAGUCACAUUCUUUGCGCUUUUUUUUUAGGUUUUUGUUUUGACUGAGAACAUUUAAUGCAGGAGACAAUCAUUUAGCUGUAACAAAGAUGCUAAAAUGUAUUUGUUUUAUUAAAUCACACUGGCUAAUCUAACACUGUAAUCUCUUACUGGCAAAACCAACUUCAACAGUCUGC